GUCGGAUAGGAGGAAAUAUUAUAAGAUGGUUCAACACACAUGACUUCCUGUCUCUGCCAAAUUACCAGAGGUUCCUGUCUCUGAAAUUACCAGAGAUUAGUCUCUAACAGGUAACAAAACAUGGAGUUUGCUGAAUUCAUUAAGAAACCCAUGGUCAACAAUGUGGUUUUAUGGAAGCCAUUCCGUAAAUCUGUUGAAGGGACACUGUGUAUAACAGGUCACCACCUAAUUCUGUCGUCAAGGAAGGAUAACAAGGAGGAAUUAUGGUUGCUACACAACAAUGUUGACAGUAUAGAAAAAAAACUCUCUCAGCCUGGUGGAAUUCUCUCCCUGAAGUGUAAAGACUUCACACUUGUUGCCCUCGAGUUUCAGUCAGCGGAAGACUGUCUUAAUGUUGGAGCUUCGGUAGAACAGCUCUCCAAUAUAGACAACUUGACAUUGAGUUACCCGUUUUUUUACCGGGCCAUGUUUGAGCCCCUGGAGGAUGGAUGGCAGGCGUUUCUCCCUGAGAACGAGUACACACGGUGUAAAGAAUGCUCGGAAGAUUGGAGACUCAGCUAUGUCAACAAGGAUUAUUCGGUGUGUCCGUCCUAUCCACAUGCUGUCGUUGUACCGAAGACAGUUGAUGAUGAUACCCUUGUAAAAGCGGCCCAGUUUCGUCAGCAUGGCCGGUUUCCAGUUCUGAGCUAUUACAGUAAACAGACUAAGGCAGUGAUGAUGCGGAGUAGUCAGCCCCUGACGGGUCAGAACAAUAAGCGAUGUCGGGAAGAUGAAAAGCUGGUCAAUUCUGUGCUUGGCAUAGGCAAGCGUGGUUACAUAGUGGACACAAGAUCAUCAAGUGCUGCAAAGUCCGCCCAAAGUAAAGGU